AUGGACGCGACGCCGCCGCCGUUCGCGCCGCGCGUUUUGGAUGACUACGUCGGUGGUGUUUCAAAUUUAAAUUUGAAUUUGAAUCCGACAGCGACAGGUACCCCGCGGCGCGCGCAGUCGUGGGCGGGUCGCGCGACGUAUUUUCCGACGGCGGCCGCGGGUCCCGCGGUCGGUCCGCGUCCCGCCGCCGGCGACGCGCCCCCGCCCCCGCCGCCGCCGCCGCCGCCGCCGCCGCUCGCGAGGAAAGGAUCUCGAGGACUCCUCUCCGAGGAGAUCAAAGCCGCGUGGACGCUGCGCGACGAGGGCGAGGUGUCGACGCCGACGUCGACGCGCCCGCCGCCGUCGCCGUCGGAGUCGCCGAGCGGUCGAUUCUCCGUCUCAGAACGGCCCUCCGUCUCCUCGGCGUCCCCGCCUCUGCCGUUCGCGUGCUCCGCGGGACGCUCGAGCUCGCUGUCGUCGCCGUCGCACGUCUUAAACGCGCGGUUCGGCGCCCUCGGCGGCAUCGGAGAUGGCCAGGGCGAUCACCCGUGCUCGCGCGGCGGAGAGGUCGCCGGAGUCUCCGCGAACACUCCGGCGGCGACGGCGCCCGUCCGACGAUACGACCCGUCCCCGCCGUGGAGCUUCAGGGGACUCAACUCGUGUUCGCCGUCGCCGUCGUCCGCGGGAGGGAGGCGGACGUCCUGGUCGUCCCCGUCGUCGUCGCUGUCCGUGAGUUUGCAGAGCAGCGCGGCGGGGUCGGGGUCGUUUCACCGCGCCGCGGCGGCGGGACGCGCGCGCGGGGGAGAGAGGGUCGGCGCGGCCUCCUCAGAACGACCCUCGAGUCCCGUCUCGACGGGGCCGCGCGGGAGCUCCCCGGGGGGCGCCGGCGCGCUCGGCGGGCCGUUCGCGCACGGCGCGUGCUCCCCCGGCGCCGCGCUCGCGCUCGAGCGCAUGCUGAACCUCCACCUUCCCUCCGGAGAUGGCGGCGGCGGCGGCGGCGGCGGCGAUUCGCUCGGCGGCGGGGCUUCCCCCUCCGACGGCGGCGGCGGCGGAGGAGGAGGAGGAGGAGGCCUCGCGGACUCGGACGCGCUUUUUCCGUUCGCGUUAGACUGCGACGAGUUGAUGACGCAGCCGUCGCAGUCCUCGACGACGACAGAAACGCACGGAGGCGGAGCGUUAUCGUCCUCGUGCGUCCGCGGCGUCCGCGGCGAGUACGGCUCGGAAGUCGCGGCGGGUGAGAUCGUGCGCAUGUCGCGGGACUUCGCGCCCCUCGCGCGCGCGACGCGCGACGACGACGGCGACGACGACGCGGGGGAAUCGUGCGCGAACACGGUGGAGUGGGCGAUGGGGAGGAUCGAACGUUUUAGGAGCGCGGUGAGACAGUAGUACCGUAGGCGCGCUCGGGCACUCGAAAAAAAUUAGACGUGCCUUC